GGAGUCAAACCCCCCCAAGUCCACAUGCCGCGAGCGGGCUGAUGCAGCUGUCUGGCACGCGGCACACCAGUGACAGUACGACGCACGCGCACGAGCUUCAGCGGGAGGCGCGCGGCUCUGUGACCUGAAGUUUGAGGUUCCGUGGUGUGCUCAGAAACUAGCUUGUUACACGUGCCCAUCCUGUGUACCUGGGGUACAUGAAGUACCCGGUACAUCGUGUCUGUGCUCACCCUCUUGUCUCUGCGCUUCUCACCUGCUGUCCUCAUAAAACCCCGUCUUGAGCACAUUGAACAUCAAGGGGGCGCUGUCUCUAUUGGGACGCUAUCUGAAGACCACUAAAAGGGGCUGUCCUUGUAUACAAGUCUCUGCUCCCAUUCAUGCUGAGUGUAUAGCAGUCUCCGCCGACAGACAAGUCGUGUCUCAUCCUCGUCAAAACAGAAAGCUCAGCUCUCUGUACCUGAUAGAAAGGGUUGUGACCCUGUACAGAAGAAGCCACCAUGGCAGAAGCUCACCAGGCGGUGGCCUUUCAGUUCACCGUCACCCCCGAUGGCAUCGACCUCCAGCUGUGCCACGAGGCGCUACGCCAGAUCUACCUCUCUGGGCUCCACUCCUGGAAGAAAAGAUUCAUCCGCUUCAAGAAUGGUGUAAUGACUGGUGUGUACCCCGGUAGCCCUGGUGGCUUCAUGGUGGUGGUGGUGUCCUACAUGUCCUACAAUAAAUAUCAACAGCUGGAUCCCUCACUGGGGUUAAUUGCCAAGCUCGGCCAACACGUACCAAUCAGCCGAUACAUGUCCACAGACAACCAGAAGAUAGUUGGAGGAGUCCUGGUGGGCACGGGCCUCUGGGUCACCAUAAUCAUGAUUAUGAGGAAUGUCCUGAAGAGCCUGUUGUCAUGGCACGGCUGGAUGCAGCAGCGGCACGGCUCUGUGUCUUGGGGCACUCGUGUGUGGAUGAUACUGGUGAAGAUUUUUUCUGGAAGGAAACCGAUGCUCUACAGUUUCCAAAACUCCCUUCCACGGCUACCUGUUCCUGCUGUCAAGGACACUUGCUCAAGGUACCUGGAGUCAGUGCGCCCAUUGAUGGAGGAUGAGCAGUAUGAGCGGAUGGAGGGCUUGGCAAAGGACUUCGAGAAGAACCUUGGACCCAGGCUGCAGUGGUACCUGAAACUCAAGUCCUGGUGGACCUCAAACUACGUCAGUGACUGGUGGGAGGAGUACAUUUACCUCAGAGGUCGUGGGCCCAUUAUGGUCAACAGCAACUACUAUGCCAUGGACUUCCUGUACGUGUUCCCCACCCAUAUCCAGGCUGCCAGGGCAGGUAACGCCAUCCAUGCUAUCAUGCUCUACAGAAGAAAACUGGACAGAGCCCAGAUCAAACCACUCAUGCUCCUACACACUAUACCCAUGUGCUCAGCCCAAUACGAGCGUAUGUUCAACACCAGUCGUGUCCCAGGUGUAGACACAGACAUACUUCAGCACAUGAACGAGAGCAAACACAUAGCUGUGUACCAUAAGGGACGCUUCUACAAGGUGUGGGUGUUUUAUGACGGCCGACUGCUGUUGCCACGGGAGAUCGAGCAGCAGAUGGAGAGGAUCUUGGCUGACCAGUCAGAGCCUUUGCCUGGAGAGGAGAAACUAGCUUCACUGACUGCUGGGGCAAGGACACCCUGGGCCAACGCUCGUGAGACCUACUUCAGCCGCGGUAAGAACAAGCAGUCCUUGGAUGCCAUUGAGAAAGCAGCCUUCUUUGUAACCCUUGAUGAAACAGAGCAGCGCUUUGAGGAGUCCAACCCAGUCAAAUCUCUGGACAGUUAUGCCAAGUCUCUACUCCACGGAAAGUGCCACGACAGGUGGUUUGACAAAUCGUUUAACCUGAUAGUUUUCAAGAACGGCACCAUGGGACUGAACGCAGAGCACUCCUGGGCAGAUGCCCCAAUCAUUGGCCAUCUGUGGGAGCACGUCCUGUCCAUGGACCCUGUAAGGCUGGGAUACACUGAGGAAGGUCACUGCUGUGGGGAGCCACACCCCAAUCUGCCAGGUCCUCAGAGACUGCAGUGGGAGAUCCCUGCUGAGUGCCAGGAGGUCAUCGAGAGCUCUCUGUCAGUUGCCAGGACUCUAGCCGAUGAUGUGGACUCUCACAUUUUCCCCUUCAAUGACUUUGGUAAGGGUCUGAUUAAGAAGUGCCGCACCAGUCCUGAUGCCUUCAUCCAGAUCGCCCUCCAGCUGGCCCAUUACAGGGACAAAGGGAAGUUCUGCCUGACAUACGAAGCCUCCAUGACCCGUUUGUUCCGUGAGGGCCGAACAGAAACUGUGCGCUCCUGCACCAUGGAGACAUGUGCCUUUGUCCGCGCUAUGAUCAGAGAUGAGACAAGAGAAGAGCGUCUGAAGUUGCUCAAACAGGCAGCUGAUAAGCAUCAAAACAUGUACCGCCUGGCAAUGACAGGAGAUGGCAUCGAUCGCCACCUCUUCUGUCUCUAUGUUGUGUCCAAAUACCUGGGAGAAGACUCGGCCUUCCUCAAGGAGGUCCUGUCUGAGCCCUGGAGGCUAUCCACCAGUCAGACCCCUCUGCAGCAGCUUGAGCUCUUUGAUCUGGUCAAACACCCUGAGUAUGUUUCAUCGGGUGGUGGAUUUGGUCCGGUUGCUGAUGAUGGUUAUGGUGUCUCCUACAUCAUCGUUGGUGAGAAUCUCAUCAAUUUCCACAUCUCAAGCAAACAUUCAAGCCCAGAAACAGACUCCCACCGUUUUGGCACUAACAUCAAACAUGCCAUGCUGGACAUGCUGGACCUGUUCCAGCUCAACAAGAAAACCAACUAAGUGUCUGAUAAACACUAAAAGUUGUUUUUAGUAAGACAUAUAUUCUUCCUGAAGUUUGUACAGAAUCAAAUGUUGGAUUUGGGGUUAUUUUCUAAGUUAAUUGAUGUUGCAGAUAUAAGGACAGUUGAGAGUUAUUCAAAACCAGUUCUGUCUAUGUGUGUGCAAGGCGUUAAUGUGUACUGUAUGUAUAGGCAAGGUGAGAUUCAGGUGGUGUUGGGUACAGGUAGUGCACAGAUCAUAGUUUUUAUUUCCAGGACUGUACGCACCAGUGCCUUAGUGACCCACAAAUGUAAAAAAAAAAGGCAGAAAGGGAGGAGAAAAGGAGAGCUGCUGUAGUCUGAGAUCAAGUCUGUAUUACCACAGUAUACGACAUUUCAGCUAGCGGGUUGUAAAGUAGCAUCAUCCAUGAUUUAAAUUAUGUUUUGUGUUGAGAGAUGAUGCAAACUUUUAAUUUCCCCACCCCCAUGUCCCCCAAAAUCCUUUGAUUGGUUUUGUUUUUAGGUUUUGACAGCACUAGAGUCACGUGUAACUGGCCAAAGUAGCAAAUGUAAUGUUUAAUAUAAUCAACAAAUUGCAUGCUGCUUGGUGUCCAUACAUUUCAUUUGAUUAAGUUGAAGAAGUCUGAUUUGCAAAGUUUGACGGUAUCUAGUAAUCCCUUACCUGAGGCAGGCAGGAGUGGAACAGUGGAUCUAUAAUGAAAGAAGUUCGAGGUAAUCAGCCUUUGUCUGUCUGGAUACCAGCACAGAGGACAUGGAACUGUUGCUACUGUCUAAUCAAAAGAUUUUCACUUCUUUUUUGAUGAAAGACUGCAGCUCACAUGUUUUGUUUCAGUAAUAACAUGAGGUAGCAACAGGGGCAGAUCAUGUGUGUAUGUGUGUAUGUGUGUUGUUUCCAUACUCAGGUUUUUACUAACUUGGCCUAGUAUUCUGGGUUCCAGGCUACAGCAUUUGAAGGUUUUGCUUACAAUGCAGUACGACAUGAACACAUGAGCUAGUAGUUAGUAUAAUAAUAAGUUUGCUGUGGAAGUGAAAGAUCGGCAAGGUGUGGUGCGUGUCUGGGUUGAAUCUCACUUGCACGAGUUUGACUGGUAAUGCAAGGCCGACUGACUUUUUUUCAGCUUCUUGGGAUAGAAAAUAAGGGGGUUUAAUUGUACUAAAACUGUGUUGUGCACUCCAUAACUGGCCCUUUGGUUCAAACUAACCAAUGUCUAAAAAUCUCAGUAGCCUGUUGUCAAAUAAACAUGGAUGUAAAGUUAAUGAGCUAACUGUAAAGUUGUCAGUAUAAUGGUGUUGCAGCUGAAAAGAUGAAGAACAGAUUUGCCCAUAGCUCGUAAUGUCUCUCCAGUACAGUAGGAUAUCAUUGUUUCUCUUGGGACUAUGCUUAGGAAGUGGGAAUCUAGUGGGGCUGUCAUAUGUAGGAAUGCACUUCUGUUAUGUCUAUGUUGUCAGUUCUUCAUAUUAUUUAUUUUUUCAAAUGUUUUAUCCAGAUUAUUCACAAAACAAAAAAUGCAGAAUGCUACGUGCUACGUUAGAGCUUUGCUAAUUCAAGAAUAAAAAACAGACUAAAGGCCUCCUUUUAUUUUUAACUCGACAGUUAAGUUAUCACACAUUUUGCCAGUAUGUUGUAGUUGUAUGACUUUUUAUCAGUAGACCUCAUGUUUAAGAUGCUGCAUGCUUUUUGAAGAUAAAGCUGUAUAUGUUUGCCUUUAAUUUAAAGAUGUGUAAAAAGUCAAACAGCUGAUAAACCAAAACAUGUUUUAACAAUAAAGUGAAUGUCUGACAGCUGUAUCA